GUGCUUUUCAGAAGAGGCAGUUAACAUUCUCCACUCGCAGUCGUUUCAGCGAUCCAAUUUGACAAAAACGCGUCGUUAGAGUUUCAAAUUGGUUUAAAUUAUUAUCGUGUGUGAGUUACCCGACACUAAAUCAGAUAUGGAGGAGAAAAAGUGUUUUGGAUUCUGAAACUUUAAAAUGUUCUUCGACUCUACGCGGUACGGACGCAGGAGCCUGUGAGAAGUGAAAAAUAAAUUACGCGAUGUCUUCCGAAAUAAGUGAUGCAAUGGAAGUAGAAGAAAUUAAAACUGCAGAUCCUAAAAUAGAUAAAACAGAAACUAAACUUACAUUUUCGAUUGAUAAUUUACUGGCUGAUAAAUUUGAAAAGCGCGUUGAAGAUAGAAACACAUCGGAAGUUGGUAGCGCCGCGUGCGUAAACGAAUCAGUGAAUCUUUAUAAAGAUUUGUGUAAUCAAGAACAGACUUAUGAUUCAGAAGACGAGGACAAAGCAAGCGAUAGUUCUGAGCAGGUAGACGUGGAAAGCUCCACCGCAGGCGACUGUCUUGACUUCACGGAUGUUAAAUCUCCUGAUUAUCAACAACCAGGACCAUCAUCGUCUCGUGGUAAAAGAGCUAGAACUGCAUUCAGCGCUCAACAAAUAAAGAGUUUGGAGGCGGAAUUCGAAAAGAACCGAUACCUUUCCGUCGCGGCUAGAGGCAGGCUCGCCAGGCAAUUGAGACUAACGGAAACACAGAUAAAAAUAUGGUUUCAAAAUCGACGCACAAAAUGGAAGAGGAAAUAUACGAACGAUGUUGAACUCCUCGCUCAACAGUAUUAUAGUAGCUUAGGUAUAAUGACACCGAGACCAAUGUUCGUCGGAGAUCGACUUUGGAUUUUCAACUAUCCAAACCGAGUGCCGGCCACCCAUCAACCGUUUUUAAAAUCAUUAAAUAACAUUGGCAAUGUGAAUAAUAAUGGUCAAUUGGACAGAAACCUUUUUAGAACCAUACCAAAACCCGAUGUGCCGUUUUUAGUACCCCCUGCGCCGGCAACUUAUCCGAACGAAAGACUUUUUUUGAAUAUGGAACGUAAUUUAAAUGUAGCAAAUAAUCUUAAAAUCCACGCGCAAAAUAGAUUACUUCCGAUACCCAGAGAAGCUUAUAAUAAUAUGAAUUCGGUGCAAAGAAACAUAGACGUUUAUAAAAACAACAUUUUGAACCACAACAGUUCACCUCCGGAAGCAAACGUUGAUCAUUUAAGAAGACUGGAAGAAAAUUUUAGCAUAUAAGGUAGUAUAAGUAAUUUGAC